AUGAUUGCUGACGUGGCCGUGUCGCUGUCGGUGCUCGCGGUUAUCAUCUCGAUCAGUGACGUCACUCGCCGCUUAUUGACGCGGACCGUCGCGCACGGCGGACUGUCGGCGUGCGCGGUGGAGCUCGUGUCCACCUUCCAGCUCUGCUGCUGCACGCACGAGCUCAAGCUGCUGUCCGAGGUGGGCGGGAUCGACCAGCGCCUCGCGCUCACCUUGACGUACUUGGCGGCUGUGGUCCACGGACUUACUUUCCGCGGGGCCCUCGGCAACCCUUCCACCACGCUCGAGCACGCGCUCCACGCCAGGCUGUCGGCCGUGUGCGCUGUGCGGCGGAUCGCGUGUCAGUUCGCUGCGGCCGCCGUGGCGCGCGCAGCGGUGCCUUUGAUCUGGGGUCUCGAGCUGUCCGGGUUGCACGUGCGCCACAAGAUGCACGGUUACCGCUGCGCGAGCCCCAUUCGCGCGCCGCUGCCGCACGCGGCCGCCGUGGAGCUCGCGUGCGCAUUCACGGUUCAGACUGCUAUCACGCACACGCGCACAGUGGAGGAGAAAUACCGCGUGCACGGAAUAGCAGCGGUCAUCACCGCAGCGGUUUAUGCAGGAGGCGACGUAACUGGAGCAGUGUUUAACCCGGCGUUGGCCUUCUCCACACAGUUCCCCUGCAGUGGGAACACCUUGCUGGAGUACUGCCUGGUCUACUGGCUCGGCCCUCUGCUGGGUAUGAUGAGCUCCGUGCUGCUGUUCAACAAACUCCACGCUCUGCAGCAGACAGCUCCCUAUCGCCCCCUACAGGCCAAGAAGAGGAGCUGAGGUGCAGCAUUCAGGGGCCACAUAGAAGUAUCAGUUCUGUUUCACUGCUGGUUAACUACCAUCGGCACCGAUGUGCACUUUGUAAAGACUGCAGUGUUUUUGACAAUGGACCAGAAUCAUCCAACCAGAAGCUGCUAAUGAGGCCGUGACCCGUGCGUUUGACACACAGCUGCAUCACAGCAUUACCACACUGGGUGUCCCAAAAACCUCCAGGCACUUUUUACCUACUGGUAUCACAAAGAAAUCAUCUUAUAUUAGAGCAGAAUCGCACACAUGAGGGCGCCAACGUUUCAGACCAUGCAGCUGGUUAAGGUUAAAGGUCGAAGAUGGUGUGAACUCUGGGUGUGUGGG